GAAACCAAUCUUGGAACCCGCAAUCAUAGCACAUGCACGCCAAGUGCUGCGAAUGUCAACCGAAAAAAUCAAAAUACUCAUCGAUAAAUAAAAAAUUAAUACGCAAGGAAAACUGAAGGGAAAGAGAAAGGGAGAGAGAGAGAGAAAGAGAAAAUAGUCGAAUCAUACGAGCUUAUAUGCAUUUUGUCACGGGCCUCGGCCUAGAUGGGGACAUUACAUUCAAUACAAUUGGUGAAUAUAAUUUUCGUUAGUCCCUUUCUUUCGCGGGUUGAUCGAAAGACAAAGAAUAUCGAACGUGCAUAUAGAAGUAUAAGCGAUUGGUUUGCCAAGUGAAAACAAUAGAAUGAAGCCAUUCUUGUGAAGCUGUCAUCACCAGAAGUGAUCAAAACCAAGAGAAAAUUUUCGAUUUGGCCAAAUUGUUUUUCGCACACAGUGAUUGUUGAGAAACCAAGCGGUGAACAUCUGCAGUUGCGUUACAAGCAUAAAAAAUCAUGAACUAUCUCUAUGAACUGGGAUGGCUUGUGUGUUUCUAGUGAAUUGAGAGUGAAAAGUUGUUCAAACAAAAGCGAAUGUCUAACGAAACUGACAUAAAAGUGGCAAUUGUUAUACAUGUUUUCAAAGAACUGAAAUGAAUAGAUUUGUAAAACGGCAUUCCAGUGGAAAAUAACGAAUGACAUGAACUAUAAUGUUUGAUGUACAAGAAAAAAAAGGAACAGAAAAAAAACAAAAAAAACGUCAUGAAAUUUUAAAUUGUUUACAAUAGAAUGUAAUCUUUUGACGACAUGUUGUAGGUGAACUUUUGGUCCCAACAUUGACGCUUUACGAUUGUUUUAUCUCUGUGUAUUUGUUAAAUAAAUAAAAGAAGGGAAUCAAUGAUAACUUUGUUCAAAUUCACCGCAAACAUUCACACAAUAUUUUGCAUAUAAAUUAUGAUUUGGAAGCACUUAAUUUGGUUUGUCAGUGAUGUGUAUGCUCCGACAAAUGGUUGUGAUAAACAUAUGAAUAGUGUGAAGAACGAGAAAAUGCUAGAUAAUUAAAAUUUCACUGUAAUAUAUUCAAACUAAUAGUGUACGAGGGAUUUUUUGAUUAUAUGUAUAUACACACAUAUGCAUGGUGCAUGAAUAACUUUGCCUGUGAAUCGAAGUGGAAAUAAAAUAAUUUCGUGAUGGAAGGGAUUCGACGAACAAAUAUUGUAUUGUCGAGGGAGAAAAGGACAUCAGAAUUUCUUGCUUGUUCUCAUUUCAAAAAUAUGCUGGUUACAUGAGUUCACAGUUAAUUCUUCGGUUGAAUGAGUGGUGAGAGGAGCAGGAAAGAAAAAGAUUCGCACACCAACAACAAAUUUACGUCAAAAUGAUGAUGGAAUUAUGAUGACGACAGACAUGGAUUCAAUGACUUAACGAUAAGAUAAGUGUGUACGAUGAACAAACUAUGAAUGCAGACGAUGAAAAUGAAUCAAUAAAUAUAAUAAUGCACGCUUCAGCAACAAGUUAUCCGAAUGGCCAAUGUUUACAUUUGAGGAGCUUAACAUGGACAUGUAAAACAAAAUAUGUGCAAAGAAUGAUGAUUCAUCAACAAUGUUAGACAUUAAUUAGAGUAUUUUAUUUGUUGCUGUUAUUGUUGCAAAUGGCUUGGUACGGGUGGAUAUGUGUGUUCCACCAAAAGUAUGAGUUAUAAAUUUCGUGUGAGUUAUAGUGCACUAAUGUCUGGCGAUGAGACGUCGUCAACUACGUCGGCGAAACCGUCACGUAAUGUUAACUUUCCAUCAACAAAACUCGAAGAAGUGAUUUCGGUCGGAAAAAAUGCCGGAAAGAUCAGCACCAUGAUUAGCGCCGCUGCUGCAACCAAUGGAAAUGGUGGAGGCGGCGGCAGCAGUGGAUCAAGACGAGGUUCGCGAUCGUUUUUCCAACGACCGCGGUCAUUGUCGAUAUGGAGCGAUAUCAGUCGCAGCAGUAUGAGGCUUGAUGAACGAGUGCGAGUGGAGUAUUAUGUCAAUGAAAAUACAUUUAAGGAAAGACUGCAACUUUAUUUUAUAAAAAACCAGAGAUCAAGUCUACGAAUACGAAUUGCAAACUUAUUUUUCAAAUUACUUACAUGCGUAUUGUAUAUUAUUCGAGUUGUAACCGAUUUAGAUCCAACAUUUGCCCAUUGUUUUGGCUGUACGCCUGGUAACAAAACGGAGUUUCUUGAAUCAGCCACAUUGACGGAGGAAGAGUUUCAAGAGCGGCCAAUCAUCAAUUGGGAUGCUAUUUUAUAUGUCAGUCGACCAACUGAAUUAUGGGCAGUACAAUUAAUAUUAGCAUUAAUAUCAUUAACUGAAGCGAUGUUAUUAACAUAUCUUGGUUAUAAGGGAAAUAUUUGGCAGCAAAUUCUAUCAUUUCAUUUUAUAUUAGAAUUGGUGACAACCGUCCCAUUUGCAUUAACGUUACUAUGGCCUCCGUUACGAAAUUUAUUCAUUCCAAUAUUUUUAAAUUGUUGGCUUGCCAAACGAUCGCUGGAAAAUAUGUUUAAUGACCUUCAUCGUGCUAUGCAGAAGUCACAAUCAGCAUUAUCACAGCAAUUGACAAUAUUAUCGGCUACAUUAUUAUGUUUAGUUUUUACCAGUGUUUGCGGUAUUCAGCAUUUUCAAAGAGCCGGCCAUCGACAUUUGAAUCUAUUUCAGAGCACAUAUUAUGUAGUUGUCACGUUUUCCACUGUAGGCUACGGUGAUUUUGUCCCAGAUAUAUGGCCUUCGCAGCUGUAUAUGGUUAUUAUGAUUUGCGUGGCGCUCAUCGUUCUACCCACUCAAUUCGAGCAACUCGCAUUCACAUGGAUGGAGCGGCAAAAACUCGGCGGCAGCUAUUCAUCGCAUCGUGCACAAAGUGAAAAACACGUUGUUGUCUGUUCGACCACAUUGCAUGCCGACACAAUAAUGGACUUUUUAAAUGAAUUCUAUGCGCAUCCGCUUCUACAGGAUUUCUAUGUGGUGCUGCUCAGCCCAAUGGAAUUGGACACCACAAUGCGAAUGAUUCUACAAGUUCCGAUAUGGGCUCAACGCGUGAUUUACAUUCAGGGGUCGUGUUUGAAAGACGGUGAUUUGGCUCGUGCACGUAUGAAUGAAGCCGAAGCGUGCUUUAUAUUGGCUGCUCGAAAUUAUAGCGAUAAAAAUGCUGCCGACGAACAUACCAUUUUACGGUCGUGGGCGGUUAAGGAUUUUGCUCCAAGUGUGCCACAAUACGUACAAAUAUUUCGGCCUGAGCAUAAGUUGCACGUGAAAUUCGCCGAGCACGUGGUUUGUGAGGAUGAAUUCAAAUAUGCGCUGCUUGCCAACAACUGCACGUGCCCCGGAGCCAGUACACUUGUCACCCUGAUUUUACAUACAUCGAGAGGACAAGAGGGUCAACAGUCGCAAGAGGAAUGGCAUCGAUUGUAUGGAAAAUGCUCGGGAAAUGAAAUUUAUCACAUCAUCUUAGGUGAUAGCCGUUUUUUCGGCGAAUACGAAGGAAAAAGCUUUACUUAUGCCAGUUUUCAUUCGCACAGAAAGUAUGGCGUUGCAUUGGUUGGUGUCCGUCCAGCGGAGUUGCCCGAAUUUUAUGAAGAAACCAUUUUAUUGAAUCCGGGCCCAAGGCACAUCAUGAAGAAGGAUGACACAUGCUAUUACAUGAGCAUUACAAAAGAGGAGAAUUCGGCGUUCGUUGUAAAUCAAAAUCAAACGACACCCGAUCAACCAAAAGAUGCUUCAGAAAAAUUUCAACAACCCUCGAUGACCACAUCGAAUUCGAAACAAAACCUCAGCGAAGCCGUUAGUGGAGCGCCAGCACCACAAACUGCAUCUAAUCCUAGUACAGCCGUUGUGGGAGGUGCUGGAGCGAGUAGCUCAGGAUCCGGGCCGCAUUUACUAUCAGCCGCAAAUCAUCUAGAAAUACCAUCGAAUAAUCCAAACCUAUUAAGUCCGGACAUUUUAAAUCAACGACGAGGAAGUAGACGACCGUCGAUACUACCCGUUCCGGAUAUGUUUACCUCAUCGUCGUUCAGUAUAUCCGGCAAUGAUGAUGGCGAUGAAUGCGACGACAGCGAAGAUGAACUUGAUGAUGAUGUUCCAUGGCGUUCACCGUCCGAAAAAAUUGCGAUUGUGAAGGGCUUUCCGCCAGUAUCACCAUUCAUCGGUGUGUCUCCCACACUUUGCUACUUGUUGAAAGAGAAGAAGCCGUUGUGCUGCCUACAAUUGGCACAGGUGUGCGAGCAUUGCAACUAUCGAAAUGCCAAGGAAUAUCAGUGGCAAAAUAAAACCAUCAUUUUGGCAGCGGACCAAGUAUCAAAUGGGAUUUAUAACUUUAUUAUACCAUUGCGAGCUCAUUUCAAGUCAAAGACAUCACUAAACCCAAUCAUAUUGCUGCUGGAACGACGACCCGAUGUUGCAUUCCUCGAUGCCAUCUCUUACUUUCCAUUAGUGUAUUGGAUGCAAGGCUCAAUUGAUAACCUGGACGAUUUGCUACGCGGUGGCAUUACACUUGCCGAAAAUGUUGUCGUUGUGAACAAGGAACUCUCGAAUUCGGCCGAAGAAGACAGUCUGUCCGAUUGUAAUACAAUUGUCGCUGUUCAAAAUAUGUUCAAAUUCUUUCCAAGCAUCAAAAGUAUAACGGAACUAUCUCAAAGCUCAAAUAUGAGAUUCAUGCAAUUCCGAGCACACGACAAAUACGCGUUACACCUAAGUAAAAUGGAAAAGAAAGAGAAGGAGCGAGGAUCGCACAUAUCAUAUAUGUUUCGCUUACCAUUCGCCGCUGGCUGUGUAUUUAGUGCAUCUAUGUUAGACACAUUACUGUAUCAAGCAUUCGUUAAAGAUUAUGUGAUAACAUUCGUACGUUUAUUAUUAGGCAUUGAUCAAGCACCGGGUAGUGGUUUUCUGACAUCGAUGAAAAUAACUAAAGACGAUAUGUGGAUUCGUACAUAUGGACGUUUAUAUCAAAAAUUGUGCUCAACAACCUGUGAAAUUCCGAUCGGAAUUUAUCGUACGCAAGAUACGAGCAGUGCCGAUGCAACACAUUACUCGAUUAAUAUGAAUGAUGAAGCACGCGAAAUCCAUAAGCAACAAAUCGAACGAGCCGAAAUAGCAAAUUUAGUUAGAAGUCGUAUGGAAUCACUGAACUUACCGACUAUCGAUUACGAUGAUGUUAGCGAAAAACGAAAUAGUUUAUCGUAUGUAAUUAUCAAUCCCAGCUGUGAUUUAAAACUUCAAGAAGGCGAUAUUAUAUAUUUGGUUCGACCGUCUCCUUUUUCGGCACAAAAAACAUUCGAAAGGCACAAUUCACGACGCAAAUCAAACAUUUCUUAUUGCUCGAAUUUAAAUAUGGCGCAAGCGGCUGCAUCAGCAUCGCGUCGCGGAUCCGGUUUCUGUUUGAAUACCUUACAGAAUUUGCCUGGGUAUGGAUUGCCAUCUUCUGCACGUGCAUCAUCACCAUAUAUUGUUCAAAAUAAACCAAAUUCUUUCUCCUUAUCCCUACCUGAUAGCCCAACGGUUGGCGGUCAAACACGCGGCAGAAGUAAUUCACUGCGCAUCGAAAGCGACAUUUCGUUGAGGCGUUCAAGUUCGCUGCGGCAGGGAUUACCUAAUGUUGGGAUAUCGGUUGGUCGACGCAAGUCGUCACUCGAAGAGAUUGGCAUUAGUCAUUUUACAACACUUAUGCAAGCCACUAACCAUUCAAAUCCGAUCAAAAUCUCACUCAACGGAAGUAUUGGCCUUGAGGUAACACCACCGGAGGAGCCGUUACCAGUACUUGGCGUGCCAUGCGUGAGCAGCAGUGGCGGCAUAAAUCCAUCUAGUUUCGGCGGGUCCACGUUAGGACUGAGCAGUGUUGACUCUCAACUACAAGGUGGAUCACCAUUUCAAGUGCCACAGUCCGAUGAUAGCCAGCAAUCAGUUCGAUCGGCUCAAUCGCCACAACAUUUACAAGGGACUAUUGUAUGACAUAACCUCAACAUGAUGUGGGGUCGCCGGCUUCGAUCUGCCGUUGGUAAAAAUAAAUGGAUUUAGAACAGUUGGAUUUGAAUGCGUUUCUAGUGAGAAAUAUAUAUAUAUAUAUAUACACGCGCUCACAACAUUCGCUGUCACGCAAAACACGAGGCUUAUCAAACAAUCUAAACACCUAGCCAUCACAUUCAUUUUUAAAACAACCAAAUAGAAUUUUUGCCACGCAACAAAGAAAAACACCCAGUCCUAGUACAAAACCAAUUCGCGGCUUAAUAACGGGAAGAAGAACAAAUACAACAUACAUCACAAGCAAAUCACACUCUAUUUCAAACAUAUGUCUUGAUACAAAAAUCGCCUCGAGGCAAAACCAAUUUUAUGAUAGCCUAUAGAGUUCAUUUCAACAGAAGUAUCACACAACACACAAAAAAUCUAAAACAGCUUUAUGUACAAAAGAAACCCUUGAAAAAAUAAAUGAAAAUCGCUUUAAUCUUUUUCCUAAUGUUCAAACAUUUACAAUAUUUAUCCAUAAACCAGACAAUUAAAUGUUCUAUCGAAUAGCGAAGUUGAUGGAAAAAUCAAGCAAAAAAAAAUCGAACAAAAAUAUAAAUAACAACAAAUACUUAGUCAUCAUUACCCAAUUAAAAUGAUCCAUUGGCAUGCAACGCAUUUGAUUAAGCGAUAAGCAUACGACCCAAUUUCUGAUGGCCCAAUGAAUAGCCAAUGAAUAGCCCAAUUUUUUUUUCGUUGUUUCUGGAAAUAUCACAAAAUCGAUUCAUAAUGAUGUGUAGAUGUUUACAAAGGUCCAAGUGAUCAUAUCCAUGGCAAUCAGUCUUAUUUAUAAAAUCGAUUCCAUAGCGAUCUAGAAAAAAAGUAUUUAUUAUUAUUGUUCCGAAUCGAAAACAUUUCAUUUCCUCCUCUAAUUGAAAUCUGUAUAUAAACUCAUUCACUGAAUUUUCUUUUCGAUUCAAUAUAUGGGAAUGAACGGCAUUUGAAUUCAAAAAAAACCAUUUAUGGAAUAAUUUGAGUUUUUCGUUAUUGUCCAUCAGACGAUGUGCAAUAUAUUUUCGCAGCAUUUUAUAGAGAAAAGAUAGAACUGUAAAUAUCGAACUUACCACAAGAAUUGGUUCAAUUGAAUUUCUAGAAAAUUAGCAUUGAAUUAUUUGAUUUCAAUAUCAAUUAUGCGUCAAUUCCCGUUCUUUACUUUCACAACACACUCUCCCCACUCUUCAAGUGAAAAUGCAAUAUUAACACAGACAAACCUCUUUUUUCCGGACAUUUAUUGUUUCCCUGUAAUUACGUUGGGAAAAAAACCAAAUUUGUCUAACUUGUACAGAAUAGCCACAGUGUACAAUUAAAUGUUAUCAUUAGUAGCCAUAGAGUGUAUAAUUAUAAAGGGUAAACAUCAAUAUUAGAAGAAAAAAAAUCAUUUCAAAAAUGAAUUAUUGAAAAUUGAAGAAUACAAAUAAAAAGCUGGUAUGGAUCAAAAAAAAGUUGUGCAAACACAAAAACGUUAGUAAGUUACUUAUUCACUAAACAAAUUAGCAAUUAUAAUGAGAUAGAUUCUUUUUACGAUACAGAUUCAAUUCAUUUCCUCAAUUUUUUCUGAUUUUUUUUUCGCUUUUUUUUCAAUCCACAUCUCUAAUGCGUAUAAAAUGUAGAGACAUCAAUAAUUUUGUCAAAAGGAAAACAACAAAAAAAUCGAAACAAUUGAAUUACAAACACAUGCGUUUAUAUUUGCGUAGCCAAUUAAUAGAGUUAGAAUUGUUCAACAAAUAAAAUAGGAUGAGCGAGAUAUGCAAAUCUAAUCGAAGGUUAAGAUGUGGAAGACCAAUUUUCGAUCAUAUUCUGGACAAAAACUUUAUAGAUUUUAGAAUAAACAGGAAGAUUUUGUUGCUACGUUUGAUUUUACUCCAAGACUUCAUUCAGAAAAUUCGCAAACGGCCAGUAAUAAUUUUAGCACUUUAAAGUACCACAUUUCCUCGAAUCUAUUUUCCAGAUACCUUGUUAUGAAACCAAAUGAUACUACAGAACAUGUUUUUGUCUAUAGACUGUGAAGCUUUGUUUUUCUUCAGAGUAUUCAAAAGGUCGUGUUUAUGAAAAAACGUGACAUUUUCCAAUUGAUUUCAGAACCUGCUUAGAACAAAUAAUUUUUCCCAUUUUUAUACCGAUUCAUAGAGUGCACUGUCACAAAUUUCAACAUUUUUGUGUUAGAAUUUCUGGUAAUGUACGAAAAUCACAGUUAUCCGUGAGUUUCAUACUAUAUUACCGGAUCUCCAUUAAUAAUAUAUAUAUACAUAUACACAGCAAGUCUGCGUUGACAGUUCAAUUUUGAUGGUGAUCCGGUUACCAGAAAUACCAACACAUAACAUAUCUGGAAUUGACAUAAAAAAGUUUUUUGAAAAAAUGAAAAAGAUGAAAAAAAGAAAUAAAUUGAAUUCGAAAAAGAAAUCGCAAAGCAAAAUUCUCACGUUAAAAUGAUUAUUGUUUGUGUGAGGACGGAAACAGCAAAUAAUAAAAUUCUUUAUUUAAAAGUAAACCGUCGGUUCAUGCCUACCAGUGUUGUCGAAGAUAAUCUUAUUAUCUAGAUAAUUCAGAUAAGAUAAGAUAAGAUAUUAUCUUUUAUCUUAUCUAAAUAAUUUGAUAAAAAGAGUGUUUAUCUAUUAUCUUAUCUAGAUAAGUAAAUUUUUUCAUUAUUUAUCUGGAUUUUUUGGAUAAUUUUCCAGAUAAUUAUGAAUGUCUUGGUUUCAAAGUGGCGAAACAAAAAUGCUAUCCAAUUCCGAUGUACUUGCCAGAAGAAUUGAUGUUCCAAAUAUUAAAACCGUAUAGUCAAUUUCGAUUUACCAAGAAAGAUGCACAAGAAAUUUGCAAUUACAGGGCAAAAUUGUGAUUAGUGAUUCACUGAAUCCGUCACUUCGCGCGUGAAUCACAGAUUCAAACAAAUUUCGGGAUCAAGAUUCAUUUUUGUCUGGAUCAGAGAUUCACUUUAUUUCUGAAUCAUUUUCGAUUUGUGAUCCAAUCUGAAGUAAUUUAUUGUCCAAAAAUGAAUCACUGAUCCACUGAAUCAAAAUAAACUGAAUUUCUCCGAAAAAUGAUUCAGUGAAUCUAAUUUAUGAAUCUUCGUUUUGAAUCCGCCCACGCGUAUUUGCCAUAAACUUUCAUCGAACUUCAGGAAAAGCAGCAAUGGCGAUAACUCUUUCGGAUUAUACACGCAGGAAAAGUAUGCCAUUUUGGCGAAAAAUUUGAGCAUAUCACCAAAACAGUUGUUUUUCGAAAAUCGUCAAUAAAGUGAAAUCGAUACCACAAAUGUUUUAUCUUUUUUUCUUAUCUAAAAACUCAUAAUAGAUAAGAUAAUAUCUUUUUUUUUCAUUUAGAUAAGAUAAUAUCUUAUCUUUAUCUAGAUAAAUUUUGAAAAAUAGUUGAAUUAUCUUAUCUUUAUCUAGAUAAAUUAUUUCUUCUUUCCGACAACACUGAUGCCUACAUACACGUGUCACUUUAAGAUACAAAAAGUAUUGAUCAUGUGCUGAUUUCAUCCCCACUACAUUCCCUUAAAUUCACAUUAGCCUUUGUAUGGUUCAUUUCAAAAAUGAAAAUAUAUGUCCUUUUCUAGUUAUUCCAUUUUGGUUGACUAAAAGCUGUUUGGUUGCAUCUUAUCUGAUUUUGAUCGACUAGUUUCAUACAAUUUCAAUUUAAAAAAAACGAAUAUUGACUGAGCUUUCUUCAUCGAUUUGUCAUUCACCUUGGUCACAGAAGAAGAAACCCUCUUGUUGCACACAAAAUUUACUCCGUGGAACAGGAUAUGUUGAACAAAAGACAAAUCUGAAUAACACAAAUAUAAUGCGUACAUAACAUAGAUUUUAGAGAGUUAAGUGAACAAAAGAAAGAAACAACCGCACGAGCAGAAAAAAACAGAUUAAAUCUAAUAUGAAUUAUUAUGAAUUGUAUUUGAAUGAAAAAAAAAUGAAUGAAACACUUUUUUUAAAACAAAUUAAUUUUUUUAACUAAAUUUCGACGAGAGUUUCCGGGAGAUUCAUUGCAAACCAUGCGAAUAAACGUUGCAUUGAAACAAUCAACAUCGCUCGAAACCAACGUGUCGAAAUUAAACGCUUUGGUACUGUGAACGCUUUACUUAUUCAUAUUAAUAAUUGAACAAAAAAUAAAAAAAAAGAAUAGACGUAAACAUAUUUUGACAACCACAAAAAAAAUGAAUUGAUGAUAUUAUAACUAGAGAGAAAGGUUCGACUCGUUAGCUAGGCGCUUGUCUGAUGGUUUAAACGAAAUCAAAGAAAUUACAUUUAGACGUGAUCUGAGAGUGUUGCUAAUAUAUCAACGCUAAAAUUUGCCCAUCAGCAGGAUUUCGAAUCGAUACGAGCUACCGAAAAUGAUGAACUAACCUUCAAACCGUAAAUUGGGCACUGUGUGCCCAAAACCAACUUUGAAUGCUUAUAUCUUAAUUAUUUCUUAUCAUAAAUUAAUAAAAUAACUAUGGUUCGAUUCGUUGAACAUUUGGCUACAAAAAUUGCGUUAACAUACCCACAUACGCGCACUAGCUUACCACAUAUGCGCGUAAACAUGUGUGAUGCGCUAUACGUAAAAUGGGUGCCUGAGUGCCCAUACCCAUAUACAUUUUUCGACAAUUUGCGUAUAAAAAUUAAUGUGGGAACUAUGAAAUAUACAUCAUUGGAAAGAUCUUGAACAGUACAUGUAAUUUGAGUUAUAAAACAUCAAAAUCGAUCAUCAUUUUAUCAAAAUAUGGCCAUUUUAUCAAUUUUGGCCAAAAAAUUCCAACGACCAAAUAUUGGCCAAAUGCCGGCCCAUUUUGAAGUUUUAUACCAAAAAUGACAUCUACUUUUCAAGGACUUUCUAGUGAUAUAAAUAACUUUUUGAUCCAACCUUCCGUUCAAAAUCUCAAUUUUUGACGUCAAAAUAGGCCAUUGUGGAAUUUGUAUGUAUAUGUUUUUGCCUUCAUUUUUGUGAAGAGAUCAACAUUGCAAUUCCCACUUUAUUGAAAAAAUUCCAAGAAACUUGCUGUUGUCUUUCAUAUUUCGAUUUUUUAUGACUUUUAUAAAAUUUCAAAGUAAUUUUCAUACUUUUCCGAUCAAUAAAUACUGAAAUAUUUACAUUUAAAAAAAAUUUAAGAAAAAACUGACAUUUCCCAUAUAAAAUGCAUUAUGGGCACUCAGGCACCGAUUUUACGAACAACGUUAGAAAAUACAUUUUACGGUUUGAAGGUUAAUA